GUAGGGUGCACCCAGACUGUCCUGGGCCAGAAGCGCGCAGUAGGUUCCGGGUCCCGUGACUCGCAUGACUGCAUCGCCGGGUGCGCGGACCGAGGAUCUGCCCUGUCCCCCUUGAGAGAGAAGUUCCCACGGCCGUGGCGCCCAUGGCGGGCGAGGGACUCGGGCAACAGGGCGAAACGGCCACUGCGGUUCCGGAGACCCGAGAGCACCUCUUUAAGGUGCUGGUCAUCGGCGAGCUCGGCGUGGGCAAGACGAGCAUCAUCAAGCGCUAUGUGCACCAGCUUUUCUCCCAGAACUACCGCGCCACCAUUGGCGUGGACUUCGCCCUCAAAGUCCUCAACUGGGACAGCAGGACGCUCGUGCGCUUGCAGCUGUGGGACAUCGCUGGACAGGAGCGGUUUGGCAACAUGACCCGAGUGUACUACAAGGAGGCUCUUGGAGCAUUUGUAGUCUUUGAUAUAUCGAGAAGUUCCACAUUUGAUGCAGUCCUAAAAUGGAAAAAUGAUCUGGAUAGCAAAGUUCAUCUUCCCAACGGAAGUCCCAUUCCUGCUGUCCUCCUAGCUAACAAAUGUGACCAGAAGAAGGACAGAAGCCAGAGUCCUUCCCAGAUGGACCAGUUCUGUAAAGACCAUGGCUUCAUUGGAUGGUUUGAAACCUCUGCCAAGGAUAACAUAAACAUCGAUGAGGCCACCCGCUUCUUAGUGGAAAACAUGCUCGCAAACCAGCAAAGUUUUCCUAGGGAAGAAAUCGACAUGGACAAAAUUAAACUGGUGGAGGAGCCCCCCACGACAAAGUCCAAGUCCCAGUGCUGCUGAUGUGUCUCCUUGGUCUUGUAUGCGCAUGCGUCUGAGGGUACCCCUUCCUAACCCUCAGUGCCAUUGUCCGCUGUGAAUCUCCCUCAGGGGCGCUUUAUCUGCACAGGAACCGCCCAUCUGAAGCUGGAGAUCCCAGGAGCACUGUUCCCACUAGAGGCUCUGUGACUUACCAGAGGACCCCUCAGGCUCUUUGUACUGCUAAAGGCAGACUAAUGUUUACAGCCUUUGAAAUACUUUUGUACACGAAUUUCAAGGGUUAGCUUUUAAUGUGGUUGACCAGUAGAAAAACUUCCCUCCCCUUGGUGAUCCUGACAUCUUGAGUGUCUUUUUUCCUGUAUACAACCUCACCUAAGCACGGGUUGUUCUUGGUUUUUGUUUGCCUUAUUGUUUGUUUUCUUUCUUUUUCUUUCUUUAAGGUGGUAGCUACGAAGACUUGAAGGUCCCACGCAGUUAUAUCCUAGUCAAAACUUGGUGUGCCGUGUUGAGUUUUUAUCCUUAAAUAACGUGUUUCUAGAACGCAUAGCCGUUGUGUAACUGAGUCACUCUGAAUCACCCUUGAGAGCCCCUUCUUUAAUUAGUCAAGAAGUACUGAGCUGGGGAUGUGGCUCACUUAGAGAGCGUUUACCUAGAAUGUGAUAGAUGCUCGAGAGAUCAAAGAAGUUAGCACCCUACCUGUUCUAUGGGUGUCUCCCUCUGGAUCCUCUCUAGGUGUAGUUGCCACUCCCACUUGGAAACAAUACAAACGAACGUUUGUUUGUUUUUUUUUCUUCUGCCCUCUAGUCUGUGUUUAUAGCCUAGAACCAUAUUGAAGAUACAGUGGUACUAAGAGGAACUUGUCUUUCCAGACCCGUCUUGGUAAUAAUGGUCAGGAGGAGAAUUCUUUUUCAAAGCACAUACAGUUUAUGCAAAAGUUUCUGUAGUGUAAAACCUGAAAGAAAGUAGCCCAUGUCUAGUUUAGUCUAUGGUUUUUGGGUACUGGUUGUAUAAUGCCUAGGACACUCAGGAAGAUCCUCUAUAUCGCAUUGCCUUUCACUCAGUGAAAGAAACGAAUAGGUAUUUUAACCUAAGCCUGUGUGCUGAAUGAAUGUCAUUCUAGGAAGGUCCUUUUCUGGUGAAGAAAAUGUAUUUGACUGGGGUGUUGGUUCACCUCUGUCAUCCCAGCAUGCAGGAGACAGAGGUGAAGGGUAGGAGUUCGUGACAUAUCUUGGCUACAUAGCAAGCUCAAGGACAGCCUGUGCUACAGAAGAGGCUUUCUCCAAAAAAUAAAAAAUAAACAACAACAAAAAAAUGGUUUUCUGUUGAAUUUUAGAUUUAGUUAUUUUAUAUGUGCGUGCUUCUUUUGCAUUUGCUCCCAUGUGGCCAUGUAUGUACCUGGAGCCUGCAGAGAUCAGAAGAGGGCAUUGGAUCCCCUAGAACCGGAGUUGUGGAGGGUUGUGGACCACUGUCAAUGAUGCAAACGAGACCCACAACUUCUGCAAGAGCAACAAGUGUUUUCAAUCACUGGGCCACCUCUCUAGCACCUUGACUCUUUUAUUUCUAAGGGGCUUAUAUUAUGCAACAGUUCAGCAUCCUUAAGGGAAUUUAAAAAGCCUUUGUAUCAUAGCUUUAAGCUAACACAACAUAAAAGACUGGAAUACUUGUCUUCUGAAUCAUGUUGACAGGGUAAGUGAGCUUGUGGCCUCUAAUAGCAAGAUAAACAGAAGUGCAGUGUUCUGGGGUCUGUGUCCUGGAGAUAAAUAGGGACUCACGGGCUCCCUUUUCACUAAACUUAAGCCUCACCUAGCAAUACAAGUGUGGCCAUAUCCUAUACAUUUAAGUAAAGAAAUCAUAUUAACCCUUUGGCCAUGUGAUCAUAAGUCUGGAUUUUCUGAAGUAAAGGAAUAAGAUACCAGGGCUUGAUUAACGUGCAUGACAUAGUAUGAUCAUUAUGGUUUUGUCAUUUGUUAAAUCUCACUUUUGAAAAAAAAACUACUAUUACCCAAGCAUAAAAUAAAACUUUAUAAUGUUUCUGCUAUCUCACAUCCUGUGAAGAAUGUAUGGGGUGUUACCCCCAGAUGUUAGAAACACUGAACCCAUCCUAAAUCACUAUUGAAAGUGACUACAGUCACUUGGAAGUUCUUGUGUGCAACUGGAGUUUGGUUUUACAUGUAACCUAUCACAUGUGAGGUUGUUUAGCCAUGGUCUCCAAAUGAGAAUUACUGUACUCAAUCUGUCCUUCUUUAUAACGUUUGUUAACUUACAGUAAUCAUUCAGGAUAGUUCCUGACAAAACCAAUUCCUGUUAUGUCAAACGGUGUGGUUUAUGCUUUGUGAUGUUCAUAUUUCAGAGAAAAAAAUGUUCAUCUUAUGCCUUAAACUCUUCUGUUUUGUAACUUGAAUACAAAAUUUUAAUUUCGGGUACAUUAUAUAAAAGAAACUAAAUGAAAGAAAAACA